AUGUCUCAAGAGGAGUUAUAUUCACAGCCUCACCGAGAAUCUUGCUUCUCUGCAGAAAUCCAUGGGAGAGCUAAAGAGGCGAAGCGAGAUGAUGAUGGUGAAGCAAGGGUUAACCGAGAAGAGUUCACUGGAAGUUGUCGAAGGCUUUCCCAAAUCCAGUCGACAGAUAUAGAGAACUUGCCGGAUGGUCUACAGAAGUUGAAGAAGCUAAUGCAUCUUUAUCUGGAAAGGACUUGUCGGCUUAGGAGUGUUGUUGGGAUUUCAAGACUGCCACUUCUGAGCGUGUUGAGAUUGCGCUCUUCCAAGUGUUUGGCUGAUCUUGACACAGUGAACGAGCUCAAGCGCAUGGAACAUUUAGAAGCUGUCACCAUUGAUAUCUCCUCAGCCUCAGCCUUGGAGGAGCUCUUACUGUAUAAUAAGCUGGCAAAAUCUAUCCAACGACUCUCUAUUGUUGAAGCAAAAAAUAAUCUGGUUUUGUCAGCUACGGAUGAUCUCAUCGACCUCACCAUAAGAAGUUGCUCAACGUUGAAGGUAGAGAUAAAGAGGUCAUCAAGCAGAAGAAGCUUUCUUAACCUAUCAACUGUGUGUAUAAGUAGCUGUGAUGGUCUUAAGGAGUUGACCUGGUUAUUGUUCGCUCCAAACCUUACUGUGCUUGAGCUCCGGGGUUAG